AUGUGUGGCAGGUUCCUGUGCCAGCUGUUGGCUGAGGGGAGCCAGCAUUCCACCCCUGUGGGGCGUCUCCUGCUUCCUGUGCUCCUGGGAUUCCGACUUGUGCUGCUAGCUGCCAAUGGGCCUGGAGUCUAUAGCGAUGAUCAGAGUGAAUUCGUGUGUCACACCCAGCAGACAGGCUGCAAGGCUGCCUGUUAUGAUGCCUUCCACCCUCUCUCUCCACUGCGCUUCUGGGCCUUCCAAGUCAUCCUGAUGGCUGUACCCAGUGCCUUCUAUGUGGGUUUCACCUUGUAUCAUGUGACUGGGCACUGGGAAGAAUCAGAGAAGGUGAAGAAGGAGGAAGGAAUCCAUAAGGUGGAAAGCAGCAGGGGUGUCUCAGGGUCUGGAAGCCGCCAGCUGCUCUGGGCCUAUGUGGCACAGCUGGGGGCUCGGUUGGUCCUUGAGGGAGCAUCUCUGGGGGUGCAGUACCAUCUUUAUGGGUUUGAGAUGCCCAGCUCCUUUGUAUGUCGCCGAGAGCCUUGUCUUGGUAGUACUACCUGCACUCUUUCCCGCCCUGCUGAGAAGUCCAUCUUCCUGAAGACCAUGUUUGCGGUCAGUGGACUCUGUCUCUUGUUUACUUUUUUGGAGCUUGUGCUUCUGGGUUUGUGGAGAUGGUGGAGGACCCAAAAGCACAAAUCUUCCUCUUCUAACUACUUCCCAACUCCAGAGAGCACCUCAAGACACAAGGAACUAACUGAUAAGCUCCCACGAAUGGAAACUAAAGAGCAGUUUCGAGAAGCAGGUAAGAAGGACCCUAGAGACCCUCUCCAUGCCCCCUGGCGUCUCUGUUCUGAUGAUCUCUACUCAGGCCAGGACCUUCAUCCUCUUGGAUGCACAAAUUCCACACGUUACAAAGUAGAUAACCGGUUUCCAGGCAGAUAUGUUCUGACCACUGCCUUCAACCCAUCUUCCAAUACUCAUCUCCAUCAAUUGGAUGGUUCCUUCCAGUGA